AUGUUCAUUGACAAAGUCUGCUCCCAGUACUCACGAGGAGUUUUUGCUAUUUUUGGACUGUACGAUAAAAGAUCAGUACACACCUUGACCUCAUUCUGCAGCGCCUUGCACAUCUCCCUCAUCACACCCAGUUUCCCCACAGAGGGUGAAAGCCAGUUUGUGCUGCAACUGAGGCCUUCCUUACAAGGAGCGUUGCUAAGUUUGCUGGGCCAUUAUAAAUGGAAUCGCUUUGUCUUCCUUUAUGACACGGAUAGGGGUUACUCAAUACUUCAAGCUAUUAUGGAAACAGCAGGAGAAAAAAGCUGGCAAGUUAGUGCCAUAUGUGUGGAGAAUUUUAACGAUGCAAGCUACAGGCAGCUUUUAGAAGAUUUGGACCGAAGACAAGAAAAGAAAUUUGUAAUAGAUUGUGAAAUAGAGAGACUUCAGAAUCUAUUAGAACAG